UCUCUCAUUCACUCUUCUUCUCCUUCUCUGCACGCCUUUCCUUUCCUUUCGCUUCAUCUUCUUCCCGCAACAAUUUCUUCGGCCAUUAAUCUCUUGCCUCUCAUUUCAUAAGCUCGGCCUUGUACCUAUGAGUUUGGGAAUUCGAAUGAUCGUGGAAGAAGAAGAAUACACAAAGCCGGCUUUGUUUGCAGAGACGGCUACAGGCGACAUGGCUCAUUCCAAUACCACCGGCUCUUCUUCUUCCACCGACGAGGACUUCAACGUCAGAAACAGCAGCUACAAUGGCUUCGAACCCAACCGUCUCAGCGGCGAGGGGUCUCCGAUGAUGAUGUCACCGUGGAACCAAUGCACCCCGUUCGAAAACGGUCCGUGGGACGAGGGCAACGUUAAUGGCGGUGUCCAGAAGCUCCCCCAGAACGGCCUCAUAUGUUCUCUCGUCCGGGAAGAAGGCCACAUAUAUUCUCUGGCGGCUAGGGAUGGGAUUCUCUACACCGGCUCCGACAGCAAGAAUAUACGUGUUUGGAAGGAGAUGAAGGAAUUCGGGGCGUUUAAGUCUAACAGUGGUCUCGUGAAGGCUAUUAUAAUCUCCGGAGAAAAGAUUUUCACCGGCCACCAGGACGGAAAAGUUCGGGUUUGGAAGGUUAAUCCUAAGAACCCGUCUGUUCAUAAACGCGCCGGGACUUUUCCGACGUUUUUCGACAUUUUUAAGGCUUCGAUUAAGCCCAGCAACUACGUGGAGGUGAAACGGAACCGGACAGCUUUGUGGAUCAAGCACUGCGACGCUAUUUCUUGCCUGAGCAUGGACCCGAAGGAAGAGCUUUUAUACUCUGCUUCGUGGGACAGGACUUUUAAGGUGUGGAAGGCCAGUAACUCGAAAUGCCUUGAAUCCGUCAAGGCUCACGACGACGCCGUGAACUCCGUCGUGGCAAGCGUCGACGGCAUGGUCUACACCGGGUCCGCCGACGGGAGCGUGAAGGUGUGGAAGCGAGAGUCGUCCGGCAAGGGCGUAAAGCACGUGUUCGUGCAGACGCUUCUGAGCCAGGAGUGCGCCGUGACGGCGUUAGCCGUCACCAAAUCCGGGUCGGUCCUGUACUGCGGGUCGUCGGACGGGGUGGUGAAUUUCUGGGAACGGGAGAAGCAGUUUUCCCACGGUGGAGUCCUCAAAGGCCACAAAUUGGCCGUCCUCUGCCUCGUCGCCGCCGGCAACACCGUGUUCAGCGGAUCGGCCGACAAGACGAUUUGUGUGUGGAGGAGAGACGGGUCGAUCCACACGUGCCUCUCCAUCUUGACCGGCCAUAACGGACCGGUAAAAUGCUUGGCCGUCGAAGAAGACAAAGAGUCGACGGAGUCCGACCAAAAGUGGGUCGUUUACAGUGGAAGCCUCGACAAAUCAGUGAAGGUGUGGAGCGUUUCGGAGAUGUCGCUGGAUUAUCCGCCGCCGCCCGUCAUCCAAGACGCAGCCUGGGACUCCAUUCCAUCCGCCAAGUAUUGAUCAGACCAACACACUAGUCUAAUGUUGUAGUUUGAUCCAUGACUUUCAUUUUUGAUUUGAUCAGAUGAUGAUCACCUUAUUAAAUGACGAUGAUGGAAUGUUUGUACUAUGAUGUUUGUAAAUUAAACUCAUGGCAACCACUUUUCCGUUA